AUGGCUGCAGGAAGCAGAGACGUACAUCGUCAUGAACGCCGCCGUAGAUCAUCGCGCAGAUCCUCGAGACCUCCAGACAGCGAAGAUGUUGCCCGCAACGCCAGUCGUGCGGUGUCCGGGCCCGCCACGAAUUCUGCGCCGGACUUAGCAGAGAUACGACGAGCGCGGGAGGCGUUCUAUAGCAGACCGGUAGAGGAGCGCCAAAGCGAGGAUCCUGGCGCAACUCGAGCCACGUUCUCUAGACCAAAAUCCACCCGGACUAUAUCCAGGAGAAGUGGCAGGGAACACCGGCGCAAACCCCACGAUGAUACCAAGAGACGGGCGAAAGAGCAGGAACGGGAAGACAGCAGUGUCUACGUGUACAGUCGACCAGCUGCAGACACUAGUACUGGGAGCAUCAGGCAGUCAGACGCUCAAAGGCCAGAAAGAGCAAAGUCUUUGAGCGGCACACAUCGUGCGUCCUCCACCAAGCCGGUAAUACGUCGAAGCAGGACGACUGCUCGCGCUCGCAGCUCAACCAUCACCGCUACUGCUACGAAGUCCAACGCUGGAGAGCCCGCUACUGCGGCGAAGAGAAGCGCACCCACAUCGCCCGUGAAAGAGCGCCGAAAGAGCACUGGUCUCCUGGGUUCUCUCUUUGGCAUCAAGCCCCUUCCACCACCAGCCCCACCAGAGAAGGUCGAAUGCGUCGUUUGCUUGGCGGACGACAUCCUUUCCAACCGAGCUGCCCGCCUCUCCUGCGGUCAUCGAAUGUGCCAUGCAUGUUUAAAGCGACAGUUCACCCUGUCCGCAUCUGACCCGCAGCACAUGCCGCCGAGGUGCUGCACAUCCAAGCCCAUCCCCCUGAGACACGUCGACCGUCUCUUCGAUGACAAGUUCAAGAUUAUGUGGAACACAAAGUACGAGGAGUAUACCACUAAAAACCGCAUAUACUGCCCUACCCGUGGCUGCGGCCAGUGGAUCGAUCCCUCCAACAUCCGCAUGGACACCGCCGCUGGCCGCAAGUGCGGGAAAUGCAGCAAAUGUAAGACCAAGGUCUGCGUACUCUGCAACGGCAAAUGGCACACCCGCAAAGAAUGCCCUCGGGACGAGGAGACGAAGAAGUUUGUCGAGAUUGCCAAAGAAAACGGUUGGCGGCGCUGCUACAACUGCAAGGCCAUGGUCGAGCUGAAGGAAGGUUGUAACCACAUGACAUGCCGCUGCACAGCCCAAUUCUGCAUGCUGUGUGGUGAGGUUUGGAAGACGUGCAGCUGUCCGUGGUUCAACUAUACUCAGCUUGAUGAGGCCGAUCGCCUUUACAUGAACGUACCACAGGAAGUGAGACAGGUUUUCCGUCACUUUCCGCCGCCACCGCCUCCACCUCCGCCAGGGGUAAUUUGGGGGCCUCCGCCCGCCGGCCCAGACAAUAAUCCGCCUCCGCCUCGUCCGCAACCGAAUAACGAGGAUGAAUUUGCCCGUCGCCGCCGCCAAGAAACAGCCGACGAGGCUCUCGCCCGCCGUCUGCAAGCUGCUGCUCUCGCAGAUCUUGGCGCCGACCUUCAUGGCGCUGCCGAACCCGAUCCUGCGGCCAUCGAUGCCGAAGUCUACGGUCUUGGCAACGCAGGCACGCACCACAUGAACGAGACCUAUCAGGUCACGCCCGGGAAUGAUGGACGGCCCGCGCUGAGGCGGUCGAGGACGACUGCGGAGCGCAGCAGGGGCUGGUUUGGGCGAAGGCAGGCAGCGAGACAAGACAGUGGUACAGGGGAGUCGAGCAGGGGGAGCGUUGAUGCGUCGGCUAUGGCGGGACUAGCGGAUGACGGUGGUGGAACUGGCGCUGGAAGGGUGGGGGCUUGGUUGCAGCAUGUUGAGAGUGGCCCUGCGGAGACGGCGGGGCGGAGACGAGCUAGUUGA